AAAAUACUAACCCCACUAAAACUUUAAUCGAAUCAUUUGGGCAUCAUUUUCACUUUUCCCAAAAAUUAAUUUUAGUCUUUUUUUUUUAUUUAAUGUACUCAAAGAAACUCAAUUCUCCCAAGAAGUAGUAUACUAGUAUGCCUAAGAAUGCUACUUCCCUAUUGAAUGUUUUUUUAUUUCAUUGUUGUAAUAAGCUUCGUUAGUGUGGUGUUGAACUCUUUCUUUUAAAAGAAGAAAGAAAAACUUGCUUAUUAGAAUAGUGUGCGAAGUAAUAAUGAAAUUUGGAUCGGCGAAGAAUUAGUACUUGAAAAAAAUGAAAGGUUCAAGUAGUGGUGCAUUGGGAGCAAAAACAGCAAGAGCGUGUGAUAGCUGCCUAAGAGUAAGAGCAAGGUGGUUCUGUGCGGCAGAUGAUGCUUUCCUCUGCCAUGGCUGCGAUAACUUGGUUCACUCGGCCAACCAGUUAGCCAGCCGCCAUGAAAGGGUUAGGCUCCAAACUUCAUCUUCCUCCGCCAAGAUAACAACAACUGCAUGGCAUAGUGGCUUCACGCGCAAGGCAAGAACCCCGCGUCAUCACAACAAGAGCACUUUCUUGAUGCAGCAGCAACAAGAUGCUGAGAAAGAAGAAGAAGCGGUUUUCAAUAACUACCAGGGUUCCGUGUUUCUGGAUCCUGUUGUGCCAGAUCUUGGAAGCGAAGAUAUUUAUGAGAGUGAGGAGCAGAUUCUGUGCCGCGUGCCGGUGUUUCACCCUUUUGAUGAUGAUUCUGUGCUUUGUAGUGUGCACAAUAAUGAAAUAAUGAAGAAGAAAAAGAAGAAGAUGAAGAAGAUGAAGAAUGAUGAUGGUGAAGAAGAAGGAGAAGGUGAAGUACCGUGCACGUUUGGAUUGGAGAAUUUCUCUGAUCUUGCUGAUGUAGAAAACUUGCUCCAUAUUGAGGAUGAUUCAACCAUGAUUAAGGUUAAGGAUGAAUUACAAGUUACUAAUGAUGAUGAUGAUUGUAAUCUGGAGUCCAUUCUUGAUUGGAAUAUUGACACGUCAGAUCAAUCAAUGAUGAUGGCAGUAGUAGAACAUGAUCAAGAAGAGGAGGAAAAUAAUAAUAAAGUGGAAAUAAUAAAGAAAGAGAAGUUUUUGAGGCUAAAUUAUGAAGAGGUUAUUUCUGCUUGGGCAAGUCAAGGAUCUCCAUGGACUACAGGAAAUCCACCUAACUUCAACUUUGAUGAUUGUUGGCCCCAUUACAUGGGUUCAAGUGGUGGCGUGGAUAAUAAUGUUGCAUGGUGUGAUGGGGAGGAAGUAAGAAACAUGAGAUGGCAUCAAAUAGGGGGAGUUGAUGAUGGGGGGAGAGAAGCAAGAGUAUCAAGGUACCGAGAAAAGAGAAGAACGCGUUUGUUUGCAAAGAAGAUAAGGUAUGAAGUGAGGAAGCUCAAUGCUGAGAAGAGACCAAGAAUGAAGGGUCGUUUUGUGAAGAGGACAUCUUCAUCAUCAUCAUCCUUUGUUGAAGGAGCCAUUACUACUACUUAAACAUAAUAAUUAAGGAGUAGAGCCAAUAAGUUUUAUGAUUUGUAAUUAUUAAAUAAUUAUCAUUAAAAUUUUUAAUAGUGUGUGAGAUUUCAUUCAA